AUGGGAAAGCGGGUUGUAACCCCUGACUCUCUGGAGUCAAACUGUUGCAUCAGAUGGACAUGGAAAUUUGCCGAUAACAGGGGACGGAUUUCAAGACAGAGCGUGGUCAAAAGGACCCGCCUCGGGCACCGAUGUCUGCCGGUAAUUGGGAGACCCAGGACCCUUCUACUUGGUGUUUCGCUCGCUCUCAUAGCAAGACAGACGACCAUCAUGGCAACCUUUACACGAUGCGCAGUUUUCUCUCUUCUCGCCAGUGCGAGUCUGGCGGCGCAAACGAGGAGGUACAACUUCACAAUCACGAACCAGUGGGAUACCGGAGAUGGCCAUGGACGGCCCGUCUUUGCCAUCAACGGCAAGACGCCGGGACCACUUAUCGAGGCCGACGAGGGUGACGAAAUUGAAGUGUUCCUUGAGAACCAACUGGCUUUUGAGACGACCAUGCACUGGCACGGCAUCUACCAGAUCGACAGGCCUUGGAACGACGGCGUGCCUGGGGUGACGCAGUACUCGAUCCAACCCCGCGACACCUACACUUACCGGUUCACAGUUCAGCAACAGUACGGAAGCUAUUUUUAUCACGGCCACUUCGGUCCUGCCUUUGCAGAUGGAAUGCGAGGCCCCAUGUGGAUAGCCCCCGCAGCCUGGAGGCCGAGGCCGUACGAGCUCAUCUCGUCUUCAGCGGCGGACGUCGAGGGUAUGAGGCGUGCCGAGAGGAGCCCGAAGCACGUCGUCAUCAGUGACUGGAACGCUGAGCCGAUGGACAUCCUGCUCAUCAUGUACCGAGACACCGGCGUCGUCCCGUGGUGCAGCAACUCGAUCGUCCUGAACGGCAAGGGAAGAACCUUUUGCCAUGCCAAAGAGCUGAUUGAGUCCGUAGGCGGGCCAGGGAGGGACGCCCUUGGAUGUAUGACACAACCGGGUCAGAGGGAAUUCGCAAACGAACAGACCUGCAAGGAGACGUUCGCCGACCUCGAAGUCUUUGAGGCCGAGAGCGGGGAGGAGUGGAUUUGGAUCAACUUCAUCCACUCUGGGGCGCAUCACGAACUGCAGAUCAGCGUGGACGAGCACGAGUUCUACAUCGUUGCGGCCGAUGGAGAGUUUGUGCACCCGCAAAAGGUUCACGCUGCCAACUGUAACCUCGGGGAGCGCAUCAGUGUCCUGGUCCAUCUGAACCAAAAACCCGGCGACUACGCGGUCAGAGUCACAUCGCUUCGGAAGGAGCAAGUCAUCCAAGGCUUCGGCAUCCUCCGUUACCCCGGGCAGAAGAACGAGGGCAAGCAGGGCGUUCCCGAUAGCAAACCUUGGGUUCACCUCAACGGCACUCUGAUGUCGCCGUCAUCGGUGGCCAUGGACGAGACGAAGCUCGCGCCGUAUCCUACUCGACCGCCGCCGGCCAAGGCGGACAGCACUGUGAGAUUCUUUGUCAACAUGACCGGCCCCAGCAGCUGGGCUCUGAACAUCGGCCCUCACCAAGCCUUCCGUCAACAGCUGCCCCCGUUGCUGUGGGACGAGACCUCCCGCGGCGAGACAACCUACGGGGACGAGGCCCAGGGUGCGUCGCUCCGAAACGGCACCGUGGUGGACAUCAUCUUCGAGAACGGGGCCAACGUCACCUCGCAGCACCCGUUCCACAAGCACAACAGCAAGGCCUUCAUCAUCGGCACCGGGUCCGGCGGGUUCCCCUGGCCGACGGUCGAAGACGCGAUGCGCGAGGGAGACAUGGCGAAGCACUUCAACUUGGUCGACCCGCCGAACCGGGACGGCUGCAGGCUGGGGAACAGCACGGGCGACUGGACCGUCAUUCGAUACGAGAUCGCCUUUCCGGCGGCCAGCAUGCUUCAUUGCCACAUGAUCCACCAUUUUGCGGCCGGGCAACAAGUCGUGCUUCUGGAGGGAGUCGAGUCCAUGGCAAAGAUCCCGGCCGAAAUGAAAGACAGAGUGCACUCGGAUUUCAACCCGCCCCUCCGAUACGGCCCCUUGGAUUAAGGACAAGCUGCUUUGGCGUAGCCGCUUAGGGCCCCCAUUGCAACUCGACGUCAGCAUAAACUUUUCAUAGGGCUAAGGAAUUUGACGCAAGCAGAGACAGUUUCAUCGCGGCUAAUUAGCCUCUCGGCUGGCUGUGCCUAUUGGGCUGCUCAGUGGUCGGAAGAGCGUUUUAGAGUUCAGAGUUGCCACGGUUCACCACUACAGUACAACGUAUGCUUUCUCAGGACUUUGCUCCACCAGAUAAGGGGAAGGGCCGUUUUGUUUUGUUGCCGGUGCGAAUGUCGAUUGACUUUGGUUGAGUGCAGAGUCUCUCUGUGUUGAGUGAGCUUUGGCAACGCGACAGCUGGGGCCGCGCUGUCGGACGGGUUACUGGCGCUAACGAACCUGUGAAACUGUGAACCUCAGCGGCGAGUCAUCAGAGUUUUCAGAGGAAUUCUGUCAACAGCUGUUUAUCGCAAGGCAGCAGGGUUGUGUAUGCCAGGUGUGAGUUGGAUGCGGCAUCACUCACAAUGUCCUGUGCUUUAGUGUAGACGGACCUAGGGCAUCGGCGAACGUAAAAUCCUGUACUUCAAUAUUGCAC